AGUCCCACAAAACUGUGCAGCAAAGAGAUUUUAGAAUUAUACGUUGGACAAGUUCAAAUAAUAUUUUCUGAGUCAUGUUAUAAGUGGUAAUUGUUGAUCUAAUAUAAAUAGUAUAUAAUAUAUAUGUAUGUAUCAUAUGUUUUUAUACUGAUGCAGAUUUGUUUGUAAUUAUAGUGUCAGAAAGUGACUUUGUUAAAACUAGUUAAUCUACAAAAUGGCAACAAGUUCUCAGUCUUCAGUUGAGUGCAGUUCUAAUGAAGUGAAGGACUAUAUUUGUAAUGCCUGUGAAGACCAGAAUACUGUUGAGACCAGUGCUGACUUCUAUUGUAAACAGUGUGAAAGAUUUUAUUGUGGAAACUGUAUUCAUCUGCAUGGUAAAUUGUUCGCAAAACAUAAUUCUAUUGGAAGGGUUGAUAUAGAUAAAUGGCCAGUUUCAAAAAAGGUGGUGGAUUUUCUACAAACUUGUGAUGUUCAUAAGGAACAUAAAAUUGACCAAUUCUGCAACCUGCACGAACAGCUGUGCUGCCCUCAGUGUGUAUCUGAUCAACACAGCCAGUGCAGUAAAGUGACCCAGAUUUCGGAGCUGACCAACACGCAGCCCUCAGGCCUAGAGGGGCUGUCAGUGGAGCUGGAAACUGUCCUGGGGGAAAUUAAAACCCUGCAGAUCAGUCAGGAGGCCAGCAUUCAGUCAUUGCAGAGAACAUACAAUGAACAUAGGGAAGUUAUGAUAGAGCAAAUGUGUGGCAAUUUAAAUACUUUUAUAGAUGAAUGUGAUAAUAAUUCUGUGGGAACAUCAGGCGGAAAUGAGCAAUAUUUAAAAGAAGAGAUGUGUAGGAGUGUUCUCUCUAUCGUGAAUGAAUUCGAUAAUAUUACUGCAAAGGAACUUAACGAGAUGAGAGAUGAAGUUAUAAGCAUUAAAGGGUCAGUUACAAGUUCUAUUCAUAAAUGCACCAGUCUUCACAAUGACUUGUCACAUUUCCAUGAAAUUGUUGAGAAAAUUGGAGAUCAUAAGCAGCUCUGCCUUAUAGCCAGCAUAAAAUGUAAGCAUAUAAUACAGCAGGCACUGACUCUGCUGGGAAAGUCAGGCAAGGCGUUUAAUGUCCAGAGUAAUGCUAAGCACAAUGUGAGAAUACCAAGUGAUUCAUAUCAAUGUAGUAUCACAGGCGUAUGUGUUCUGACUGAUGGGCAGGUGCUGAUCGCAGACUGGAAUAAUAAGAGGUUCAAGCUGCUGAACCAGCAGUACCAGGUGGUGAGUCACUGUGAUGUGACUGAAUAUGUAAGGGACAUGUGUCAGAUCACACCCAGUGAGGUUGCGGUGGCUCUGGAUGAUAAUGCUAGCAACACACAUAAUGUCCAGUUUAUUACAGUCACCCAGAGCCAGCUCACUCUUGGUAGGAAGCUUGAGUUACAACAUACAUGUAUAGGUAUUGACCACCACGAGGGUGAACUGUUUAUCUGCUCUGGUACUGCUCUGUUCAAGUACACACUGAGUGGCAAACAGGUCUGCAGACUCUAUGAAGAUGAAUCUGCUUAUGACACAGUAGAGAAGUGUGCUGUGAGUCCCACAGGAGACAGGCUGUACAUCAUCAGCUUCUUCCAGGACAAGCUUCUCACCCUGGCCAAGGAUGGCACACUCCUGGCUACAUACACAGACCCAGCACUAGGUGAACCAUCUGGUCUACAUGUGACCCCUGCAAGCCAGGUGCUGGUCUGUGGAUGGUCCAACACUGUACUACAGGUGGGCUGGGAGGGAGAGAGUAAGCUGGCUAAUCUGGCUACUCAGAAGGAUGGAGUGGCGUGGCCACGGUCAGUCUGCUACAGCAGCACAACAUCAUCCAUCAUUGUGGGACAGUGGUGUAGCGACACAAUCCUGGUGUUCAGAGUGGAAUAGUGUGUACAUUUGCUGCUGACAGUCGGGACAACGAUGCUGAGGAUGUGGGGGACAAGCAUGACGCAGAAGGAGAGCACCAGCAUUAAUAUCGAGUUGGCCAAGCAACAGCACCAGUCUGGCCUGCAGGAGCCCCAAUACAGAACCAUCCUUUCCCUCCCCUGAUCCCUAGCUCCUCCCACUGGACCUCCGGCCUCAAAGGGUCAGCAUCGUUACACAAGUCUGUGCAAUAAAUCCUCAGCACGUCAAGUUUUCACGCGCUGUUAUGAACAACCGAAAUAUCCGUGUCUAGAUUUCCCCAAGCAAGCCCGAGUAGUUUUGUUUAGCUCUAGUGCCAGAGUGGGAUGAGUGUUACAGAAGCGAGACGUUAUAGCAGUACUUAUGGUAACGCUAACAGUUAACGCAAACAGUUAGUUCCUGCUGUGGACAUCACGAAGAAUCGCACGAAGAAUUAAACGUUGAAUAAUUUGUUUAAUUCUUUAUAAGACAGCUAUAUAUUCAGCAAGGAACGAGAGAAAAAAAGGAACAAUUGAAAUGAUUCAUUCAGAAGUAUAUCUGCUGUAGAUAGUUAGGACAGUAGUAGCGUUACAGACUGUCCUCAGCGCACAAUAUAUUCAUGUGGUGCACCACAGACGCAAAUUCCCCCCAUUAUUGAAAACAAGUUGCUAAAAGUAAACACGUCCGGUUAUGUACUCCGAGCCCAAAGGGCAUUGCAUUGAAUUGGGACUAAAGAAGGCUAAAAAACAUGACACCAGUUUUGUUGUAUGCUCCAGUACACCCUUCGACUCUCAGCCCGAAGUUAAUCAGAACUCAAACUCGGCCCUUAACAAUAUCCGCGAGGCCAGCAUAUCAGCUCAGCUUCUGAGCUUCAGCACCUGCUAAGCAUAGAAGACAAAGGAGUAGUGAAAGGCUCAGCCAAAUCAAAGUCCAGCGAUGUGAGGGUGAGACAGCCUUACCAUGUCCUCGUAUUGCAACAUGAAGGACAUUUUAGCUGAAACUAACAAGGGAGAGAACUGUAGAUCUGCACCAGCACAGAGCACCAGCAUUGAUAUCAAGUUGACCCAGCAACCGCACAAGUCCCUCCUGCAAGAGACCCAGUCCAGAACCACCUUUCCCCGCCCCUGACUUCUAACUCCUCCCCCUUGACCUCCUAACUCAAAAAGUCAGCAGCGUUGAACAACUCCGUUCUGCAGGAAAUUCUGAGCAUAAUUCUGUUCUGAACAAACGCAAUGCCCACGUCAAGUUGUCCACACAUAAGCCUGGGUAGUUUUGUUAAGCUAGAGUUCCACGUGGGCCUGAAAGGGACGAGUGUUACAGACACGAAAAGUUAAAGAAAAAAAUAGCAGUAGUUAUGGUUACGCUAACAGUUGGUUGUUGCUGUUGGACAUCACAACAAAUAUCAUGAAGAAUAAAAAGUUCAAUAACUUGUUCCAAUCUUUAUGGGACAAACAGAAAUUGAACAGGAGAAAAUCAAGGAACAAUAAAAGCAUAAGCUUUCCUAUGGGAUACUUAGACUGCUGUUGAUAGUUUGGACAACAGUAGGGUUACGGACUGCCCCAGAUUGUCCUCUCAGCGGCCAAAAUAUCAUAAUAGAACGGACUUUUGGCAAUGUUACUAACAAAGAAAGGCAAUAAUGACUUGGUUGUGAAUACCCAGAGCACGAUACAUCCAUGCUGACAAAGAAAGGCGGUAAUGACUUGGUUGUGAAUACGCAGAGCGCGAUACAUCCAUGCUGACACAUAAAGGCAGUAAUGACUUGGCUGUGAACACAGAACACAAUACACCCAUGCUGACACAGAAUGGCAUUAAUGACUUGGCUGUGAAAACAGAGCACAAUACAUUCAUGCUGAAACAGAAAGGCAGUCAUGACUAUGCUGUGAACACCCAGAGAACGAUAUAUUGAUGCUGACGCAGAAAAGCAGUAAUGAUUAUGCUGUGAACACCCAGAGCAAGAUAUAUCCAUGCUGACACAGAAAGGCAUUAAUGACUAUGCAGUGAACACCCAGAGCAAGAUAUAUCCAUGCUGACACAGAAAGGCAGUAAUGACUAUGCUGUGAACAACCAGACCACAAAACAUCCAUGCUGACACAGAAAGGCAGUAAUGACUUGGUUGUGAACACCCAGAGCAAGAUAUAUCCAUGCUGACACAGAAAGGCAGUAAUGAUUGGCUGUGAACACAGAACACGAUACACCCAUGCUGACACAGAAAGGCAGUGAUGACUUGGCUGUGAACACAGAACACGAUACACCCAUGCUGACACAGAAAGGCAGUAAUGACUUGGCUGUGAACACAGAACACAAUACAUCCAUGCUGACACAGAAAGGCAGUAAUGACUUGGCUGUGAACACAGACCACAAUACAUCCAUGCUGACACAGAAAGGCAGUUAUGACUUGGUUGUGAACACAGAGCACAAUACAUCCUUGUUGACACAGAAAGGUAGUUAUGACUUGGUUGUGAACACAGAGCACAAUACAUCCUUGUUGACACAGAAAGGCAGUUAUGACUUGGAUGUAAAUACCCAGAGCACAAUACAUCCAUGCUGACACAGAAAGGCAGUAAAGACUUUGUUGUAAACACUAAGAGAUCCAUAUAUCCAUGGGGUGUGCCACAGACGCAAAUUACGCCCACUAUUGUGAACAAGGUGCUUAAAGUGAACAUGUUUGGUUUUGUUAUGAGCACUUAGCACUCCGAGCCCAAAAGGCCUCACAUUGAAUUGAUGCAAGAAAAGGCUUUGAAAAAUAACAGCAGUUUUGUUGUGUGGUCCAGUACGCCCUUUGACUUGCAACCUGAAUAAAGCAGAACUCAAACUCAGCUCUUAGCAAUAUCAGCAAGAUCAGCAUGUCAUCUUAGCUUCUUGAGCACAGUGACCUUAACUAGCAAACAUGACAAACGUCAUUGAAUUGAAAGUUGGUGACAACCCCCUUCUUGCACAAACACUACAACUCGCUUAAGAAAUUCAGCACGAAGACGUCUUGCGUCAGACUACCAAGCCUCCUAUCAAUAUCUCCUCCCAUGUUGGCUACAUCAACACUUUCAACAGCAGAGCCUUGGUGAGUUUGACUUCCGUCUCAGCAUCGAUGUCGCUUAGCAACAAUUGGAUGAUGGGCGUCGACAAAUUAGGCCGGACAAGUCCCUCGAACUGAAAUGAUCUGAUCCAACAGGUAGAGCAGGCGUUGCGUGACACGUCCGUUAAUGUGACUGACCUCCAUAUGUUGUUCUCGAAUAAUGGGAACCUUAGGCCUGGAAAGCAGUAUGCAAUUGAUGCGAUUCAACAACAGUUGUUGUUGGCAAUUAUCGGGUUUGGGGUGGUGAUUUCGGCGUCAGGACUCGCUCCAUCUCUGUCUAUGGCCAAGUCGCAGCAACAACAGCAGCAGCAACAAGAACAAUAAAGCCGGUUCCUACAGGAUCCCAUGCAGUCAUAGAUCGGUACCCAGCUGAACAACAGGCUGUCUGGUAAGCUGGGCCCAGAUAGGUGCAGCCAGUCUUAAGCUGGGGCUCCAAACUUUCCUGCCAAGUGGGCUGAUUUUACCUCUUCUACAAGGGACAUAUGUCAGUGAUGCGCAAAGAGCUGGUUUUCUGUUCACAGAGAAAUAUCCUAACAACUCCAACUCAGCCACUACAUCUCAAUAGACAACCCGAAUAUCAAGGCGUUAAGUUUCUUCUGGAUGCAGUUACAGUCACAGCUUUCAAGCCAGCAGCUGUUGAUUUAUUGAGAUUUUCUCCUCUCUCUGUUACCUGACCUGCUGCCUGUGAACAUCCUGCGCAUAGAACCUUUAUCCCAUUCGAUGUAAUUAAACCGGCCAAUCAAAAAGACAGCCUGUUACAGCACUUGUCAUUAGAUUGACGCCAUGCAUGCCUUUGAAGAUCAUUUAUACAUACAAUUUAAGCAUGAUAGUCAAUAAGUGCCUGCGUUUGCUUCUUAAACGACCCGCAGUCCUGAGCAUUUACGAUGGAAUUCCUCAUCUUGAAAUAUUGGGAAGGCAGGAAAACGCCUGUCACUGUUAAGACAAAAAUGAGGGAAUGACAAAGAACAAUAAGACCAGCCAAGUCCUGUUAUCAGCCAAGUCCUGUGGCCAGACACGUCUUGUGGCCAGCCAAGUCCUGUUAUCAGCCAAGUCCUCUGGCCAGACACGUCUUGUGGCCAGACACGUCUUGUGGCCAGACACGUCUUGUGGCCAGACACGUCUUGUGGCCAGCCAAGUCCUGUGAUCAGCCAAGUCCUGUGGCCAGACACGUCUUGUGGCCAGCCAAGUUCUGUGAUCAGCCAAGUCAUGUGGCCAGCCAAGUCCUGUGAUCAGCCAAGUCCUGUGGCCAGACACGUCUUGUGGCCAGCCAUGUCCUGUGAUCAGCCAAGUCCUGUGAUCAGCUUAGUUCUGUGGCCAGCCAAGUCCUGUGAUCAGCCAAGUUUUAGGAUCAGCUUAGUUCUGUGGCCAGCCAAGUCAUGCGACAUGCCAAGUGUUUUUACCAGCCAUGUCCUAUGACUAGCAACUUUGUCUCGUGUGUACAGUCUGAUUGUAUGGGAAGAAAAAUCUUCAUUUCAUAUUGUAUGGGUAUAAUGAUACUGACAGUUACUUGAUGAUUAAGUAUUUUGUUAUAUAUUGGUAAAUAGACCAAUAUGAUAAGGGGAAACUUAGUAAUAGCAGUAAUGUAAAGUUUUAUUUCAAGAGCAAAAUAAUGCAAGUACUGCUAUUGUGUCUGUAUUCAGAAACUGACUCUAUAUAGCUUUAUCCUGAUUAUCGUAAACAGAGACAAAAUGAUUUUACAAUUGUUUUUUUUAAACAUUGAUUUUAAGCCUUCACAAAGUUGUUUAAAUAAUCCUGAUACCUUGGACAGUAUUUAACUUAUUUAUUGGCUUAACAAGACAUGUUUAUUUUUAGUUUUUACCUAUAAAAUAGCAAUAUGUGCUAGGUAAAAUAAUUGAUCAGAACGGUUCAUAAUUGUGAUGCUUCUAUUUUGAUAUGUCUGUCAUUCUGUCUGUGUACAUUUAUCAUCAGUUUGCUCCUUUGAGGCAGUAUUUUAUCAAGAAUUUCAUGUAGUGAUGUAACAGCAAAAUAUCAAAUAAUAAUUUGAUUUAUCCAAACUAUAUUAACCUUCUGUUAAUUAUCAAUUUAUUUAUUGACAACUGAAACUUUGUUUAAUAUAAACAAUAGUUAAGCGCGUUAUAAAAAUUGUGUGAAUGUACAUGCAUAAUAUUGCAAUAAUUGAUGCACACAUUUAGAAGUGCAUCUUAAUUGUAAUGAAGUUUGUUUAAUUAUUGAAAAAGGAUGCUUUCUUUGUUGAAAAGUAAUUCCUUCACAAGUAAUUUUGUUUCAAAGUGAGUAUUUUCAGGAAUAAUGAUCCUAGAUAUGGUUGCAGAUUGUUCUUGUUGUAUCAUAUACUGACAUGCUCAUCAUUUGUGUUGACAUUUGCAUUCUAGCAUUAAAAGUUCAUUAUGCUUUAAAUAUUUGUAUGUACACAUUGCGACCAUUUUUUCUAAUGUAAUAAGUGAAUAACGUAACACAGAUUUAUGUGUCUCUGUAUAUAAGUUUAUUUUGUCAUUUGUAAAUAGAUCAACUGCAAAGCUUAUGUUUUUGUUUGUACAGUAUUCAUAAAAUGUUGCCAUUUCAAACAGAUACAUUCACUGUUUGAAUUCAUUUGUACAAAAUUGUUUCAUAAUAAACAUCAUUUACAUAUCAGGCUAUAGAGAAAAAAGAAUUGCUUUGGAUGGAUGAGCACAUUAACCUGUAUAGUAAAUUAAGACGUGCAGAAUAUCAGAUCAUGAACAUACUUUAAGCAUUAGGAACACCUUGUUUUAUGUCAAGCUUUUCAGUUAACAUAAUUAAGCAACUACUAUCUGGAAAUUUGGAAAACAGUGAAGAACGAUUCAAGGGAGAGCAACUGUGAUAUACUAAAUAAAAGUCGUCUCCCUUGUUAGAGUAUAAUUGUACCUCUCAACGUAACAAGAACAUUGAAUCUUUUUUUUAUUAUUCCACACUAUAAACUAUAUACUAUAUUCAUUCAGCAAUCACUAAAGAAAUAUGGUUUACAUAAUUGUUUAUUUCUAUGCGUUAUACCAAAUUCUCCAGUAUGGCAUCAAUUAAAAUUCAUCAUAUUUUAAUUGCCAAAAUUGGCCAUACAGUGCUAAAAGUUUGGUAUUCUGACUAUUAUAAGUGCAUGUUCUCAUACAAUAUCACAUUGUAUUUUUUCACACUGAGGCAAUAUGUGUUAAUAUAUUAAUUUUAUAUAUUGACUUGUUGUUGCUUGUUAAGGUGUCUAAUUUUGAAUUAUAGCUGUUAAUUGAUUGUGACUAUUUUCCAGUUUUGAAUGAUUGCUUUUAGUUGAUUGUUUACAAGUUUUGGAAAAGCUGUUUUCAUGUUGACUGCUCCACAUUAGAUGUCAUUGACGCGCAUUCACUGCGGCCAGGUUCCGUAAAACUCCCAACAAAUCUGAUGUCUUAUGAUUGGAUUCCAUACAUACGUGGUUGUUUAUAUCAGCUUGCUUUGCAUUAAACAUGUCUGCUUUGUUGUUGAACAAUUAUACACAGCUUUUUAUUGGACAAAAUUGUGUAAUAUUUCAAAUUUUUGCUUUCAAUUUUUUAUUUCCAACAAAAAUAUAUUUUGUUUAUUUGUAUGUAUAUUUAGCUAUAAUAAAAUUGUU